AUGGAGGGACGGAAACGCAAAGCAUCUACCGAUCAUAGUAUUGAUGUAACAGGUCCUGGUGUUAAACGUCGGACCUCUUACCCAGUCAUCCAGAGUCCUUCCGAUACAGCACAUCUCUACGGACUGACUGCACAGGGAGUGACCUGUGGUAUGAUCCCGACCAACAGUCAAGUCCCAGUCAAUGCCCAGUCUGCGGAGAGCCAAUACAGAAGUGCCAUCUAUCCUUCUCGAUCAUGUUUUUCAAAUGACACUUACACUGUCGGCUGGAUCUGUACUACAAGCACCGCAUACGUUGCCGCCCAAGAGUUUCUCGACGAAGAGCACGGUAGACCCCAAUUCGUCAGGGUACACGACACCACCGAUUACGCACUUGGCAGAAUCCAGGAUCACAAUGUUGUCAUGGCAUUGAUAUCUGAUCCUCAAGACGGCUCGUCGUCCGCGGCAACGGUUGCGAGAGACAUGUUGCACAGUUUCCCAAACGUCAAUAUUGGAAUGAUGAUCGGCAUCGCUGGUGGUUUUCCAAGUCAGAACAAUGAUAUCCGUCUAGGGGACGUGGUGGUAAGCGCAGCACGCGAUGGAAACGGUGGCGUCUUGCAGCUUGACUUUGGCAAGCGCAUGCAAAACAAGGGCCUUCAUAUGACAGGGUUCCUAAAUCAGCCGCCAACCUUUCUACGGAAUGCAGUCAGUGGUUUCCGUGCAGAUAUUGAAAGAAAAGGACACCGUUUUGAACAGAUCAUAAAUGGAAUCCUUGAGUGCAAUCCGAGGCUGCGAGAGAAAUACCAACGACCACAGUCAGACGCAGACAAGCUUUUCAAGUCCGACGUUGUUCAUGGCAAAGAUUGUACCGCUCUGUGUAGCAGCGAUCCAUCGUUACUAGAACGGCGCACUGAGCGUGCCCACGAGAAUGAUAAUCCGGCAAUUCACUACGGUUUGAUUGGCUCCGGAAAUCAAACCAUCAAAGAUGCUAUUUUACGAGACAUGUUUAGUGCUUCUAGAAACGUUCUCUGUAUCGAAACGAACGCAGCAGGUCUCAUGAACCAUUUCCCUUGCCUCGCCGUUUGUGGAGUCUGCAACUAUGCCGAUACACACAGCAACGAGCAGUGGGAAGGAUACGCGGCAAUGGUAGCAGCUGCAUAUGCAAAGAGCCUUCUGUACCGAAUAAGCCCACGAAAAUAG